AUGAUGUUCAUUCAAAACUACCUAGCCGGCCUUCUUGCCCUUGCCUUGGCCUCGACUGCCAUGCCGGCCGACGCCUCUACGAACCUUGAAGUGCGCGAGGCCUGCUUUGGCGGCUCAUACUCAACUUGUGUCGAGACAUACUUUGAUGAUUUCUGCCUCGUGCAAUGCGCAAGUGCUAACCUUAUUGGCGGGGAGGACUGCCGCCAAGAGUGCACCACGUCCGGUGGCACCUACUGCGAGAACGAGUGCACAUAG